GCCAGCCAUGUGACUGCCUCCCUCCUCUGCGGGCAGCUGCUGAGCAGCUUCGGCAGAAGGAUCUGAGGAUUUCCCAACUGCAGGCCGAUCUCCGACGCCCGCCCCCUGCCCCUGCCCAGCCCCCUGAACCUGAGGCCCUGCCUACUAUCUAUGUUGUCACCCCCACCUAUGCCAGGCUGGUGCAGAAGGCAGAGCUGGUGCGGCUGUCCCAGACACUGAGCCUGGUGCCCCGGUUGCAUUGGCUGCUGGUGGAGGAUGCCGAGGGCCCCACCCCACUGGUCUCAGGGCUGCUGGCUGCCUCUGGUCUCCUCUUCACACACCUGGCGGUCCUCACACCCAAGGCCCAGCGGCUUCGGGAAGGCGAGCCGGGCUGGGUUCGGCCCCGUGGUGUAGAGCAGCGGAACAAGGCCUUGGACUGGCUCCGGGGCAAAGGGGGCGCGGUGGGUGGGGAGAAGGACCCCCCACUACCAGGGACCCAGGGAGUUGUGUACUUUGCCGAUGAUGACAACACCUACAGCCGGGAGCUCUUUGAGGAGAUGCGCUGGACCCGUGGUGUCUCAGUGUGGCCUGUGGGCCUGGUGGGCGGCCUGCGAUUCGAGGGCCCUCGGGUACAGGAUGGCCGGGUUGUGGGCUUCCACACAGCAUGGGAGCCCAACAGGCCCUUCCCUGUGGAUAUGGCGGGAUUUGCUGUUGCCCUGCCCUUGCUGUUGGCUAAGCCCAGUGUCCAGUUUGAUGCUACUGCUCCCCGGGGGCACCUGGAGAGCAGUCUCCUGAGCCACCUUGUGGAUCCCAAGGACCUGGAGCCACGGGCUGCCAAUUGCACUCGGGUACUGGUGUGGCAUACACGGACAGAGAAGCCCAAGAUGAAGCAGGAGGAGCAGCUGCAGCGGCAGGGCCGGGGCUCAGACCCAGCCAUUGAGGUGUGAUGGCAGCCCACCCCGACUACCACCUUGUUUCAGGCACAGACCUUGUGGCACUGGGCUCCAAGCUUGCCCAGGAUGUGGUUUUCCAAGUCCUGACCCCUCAGAGCCAGACGCUGCCCCUCCAGCCUCAGGGUGUGACCCUGCUGCUUUUCCCCUCCCCCAGCCUGCCAUGUGGCACCACCCACAGGCUGGGGACAAGCAGCCCUUGUACUGAGCCAGGUCGGCCCUGUCUGGGGUAGAGCAGAAGGACUGAUGGACUUAAGAGGGAGGGCGGCUGAGAAACUGAGUAAUUUAUUGGGGCUGGGCAUGUACUGGGGGGCUGGAGGAGCUGGGCUGGACCCUCCCCACCUGAGCAUGCUGACCCCUCCUCCUACCUCCAGAAUAAAGAAUCUCAACCUGGA